UCACACCAUUCACACCUCACUUUACGUUUCCUUUUCACUUUUCUUUUUCUCAUUUCGUCCGCCCUCAACCGCCGUGAUGGCCCUCGUCCGCCACCGCCGCCACCCCAACCUCCGUCUCCCCCUCCCGGAGCCCUCCGAGCGCCGCCUCCGCUUCCCCCUCCCCCUCCCUCCCACCACCACCGCCAAACCAGCCUCCGGCGACGCCAUUGCCGCCGCCGACCUCGAGAAGCUCGCCAUCCUUGGCCACGGAAACGGCGGCACCGUCUACAAAGUCCGCCACAAGGCCACCUCCGCCACCUACGCGCUCAAGAUCAUCCACUCCGACACCGACGCCACCAGGCGCCGCCGCGCCCUCUCGGAAACCUCCAUCCUCCGCCGCGUUACCGACUGCCCCCACGUUGUCCGCUUCCACAGCUCCUUCGAAAAGCCCUCCGGUGACGUGGCGAUCCUCAUGGAGUACAUGGACGGCGGCACCCUCGAGACCGCCCUCGCCGCCAGCGGCACGUUCUCGGAAGAGCGACUCGCCAAGGUGGCGCGUGACGUCCUCGAGGGGCUCGCGUACCUCCACGCGCGCAACAUCGCUCACCGCGACAUAAAGCCCGCGAACAUCCUAGUAAACUCCGAAGGGGAUGUUAAGAUUGCAGACUUCGGAGUCAGCAAACUCAUGUGCCGCUCGCUCGAAGCGUGUAACUCUUAUGUCGGCACGUGCGCGUACAUGAGUCCCGACCGGUUCGACCCGGAAGCGUAUGGCGGGAACUAUAACGGUUUUGCUGCGGAUAUUUGGAGUUUGGGUUUGACCCUAUUUGAACUCUAUGUGGGUCACUUCCCAUUUCUUCAAGCGGGUCAGAGACCCGACUGGGCUACCCUUAUGUGUGCAAUUUGCUUCGGCGACCCGCCGAGCCUCCCCGAGACCGCGUCACCGGAGUUUCGCGAUUUCGUGGAGUGCUGCCUCAAGAAGGAGUCCGGGGAAAGGUGGACGACGGCUCAGCUCUUGACCCACCCGUUUGUGUGCAAUGACCCGGAUACAUGUUAAGUGGGUUGACCCGGUUGUUUUUUUGUUAUGACUUGGAUCUUGGAAUCACCUUUUUGAGUUGGUGUAUAUUCCCCCGGAUUCAAACCUUUUCAGUUUUAGGAGAACCAUCCCCUUUGUAAAUUAUGAUAAAAGGGAAUUUAAAAUUCUGAAUUAUUUAUCUACGGCUCUAUUGUUUUCAAUUCUUAACUGAGUCUAAGAGAAUCAUUCCCUUUGUACGUAAAUUAUGCUUGCCAAUGAUAAAAAGAAUUUAAAAUUCUGAAUUA